AGAUGACAUUUGAUUGUCAGUUCUACAUUGUCACAUUUGUUGAUAUUGUAAGUUAAGUCAACAAUAUCAUUCAUGGACGAUGAAAAGACACGCAAAGGAUGACUAGGAAAAAAUAGGAUAAAGUGUAUAAAUUAUUAAAAAUGUCUAGAACGCAUAUGCGUCCUGUGUUCGGACGUGCCCCGUCUUGUUCUCUGGAACAAAGAUUAGAAGAGAGAAGAGUCAGAUUGAAGGCUUUAAAGUUAGAACAGAGUAGAAAAUCUGAGAAACCCGAAGAUUUUAUUACUUACGAAGAUAGUGAUAGCGACGAGGAACCACUAUCGGUGCAGAAAGAUAUAUUGAAUACGUCUUUCAAUUUCGUCGAUUAUGUUAGAAAUAGAGAAAUGCAGUGCACCAAAUUGAGUUCUGUAACGCAAGAUUACGGCAGUAGGCAUAUGUUAACUCACGAAAUGUUUAAAGAGACUCCAAUAAAUUUAGGUAAUAUGAAUAAAGUGUUUUGUUCGCAGUGGUUAAGUGAUAGACAAGUUGUUUUCGGGACGAAGUGUAAUAAGUUAAUGGUAUAUGACGUUGUGACGCAUAAAAUAGACCAAAUACCAUCAUUGUUAAGUAAAAGGGACCUCCUUGGUACUGAACAACAACAAAGUGGUAUUCAUUCAGUACAAAUUAACCCCUCAAAAACCCUUUUGGCGACGGGAGCUAGAAAUACUUGUGAUAUCGCGAUUUAUAGAUUGCCUACUUUAGAUCCAGUUUGUGUGGGAGAAAAUGCCCAUAAAGAUUGGGUAUUUGAUAUGUGUUGGUUGGACGAUGAGUUUUUAGUCUCUGGUUCGAGGGAUACGAAAAUGGCUUUGUGGAGAAUUACCCCGGAAUUAUUGGAAAGUACUGAAGAAAUACCGAGGCAUCGACAUAUCCAAGCCAUAUCCGUGAAAGAUUGUAGGGGGGCUCAAAAGGUUCGCGCUUUGACUUUCAAUAAGAAAUACGACGAAAUAGCAGCUCUAAGUUUAAACGGAUAUAUACACAUUUGGAACGCGGAAAAUUUCAAACAGAAAUUAUCUAGAAAAUUACCAUCUGCUCAAGAAAACGUCUGUCUAGCUGUACAAGACACCGGACUGUACGCAAUAGGUUGUAGAUCUUAUACGUUGCUUUUGGAUUGUCGAACGUUGCAGGCUGUUAAAAAGGUGAAUUCAAGAUAUUCAGGUUGCGGUAUCAGAUCUGCUAGUUUCCAAGGGAAUGUACUCACAGUUGGGACCGGUUUGGGUAUGCUCAUGUUCUAUGAUCUCAAAGCUGGUAAAUACCUCGAUUCUAGUAUCAAUUCUUCUCGAACGGUCGUACUCAAAGCCAGCAAAGGUUACGUGUUUCCCGACGACGAAUUCAUCGAUAACAUUCAAAACGUCAAAUACGUACCAGCCAUCUAUACGCAUUGCUACGAUACCACCGGUACGAGAUUAUUUACGGCAGGCGGUCCGUUACCGGCCACCUUAACCGGAAAUUACGCCGGCCUGUGGCAAUAAACGUAAAAUAUUUAUUCGAAUGAUCAGAAUUUCUAUCUCAAAAACAAAAUACAUUUAAACGUCCCCUUGUUUAUAUACGUAUUCACUUAUAUUUGCGACUUUACCUCGUAUACUGUAUCUAUUAUAGUGAACGAGGCGUUAUGACAGUUGACAGAUAACUUCACAUAACCUAAAAUUUCAUUUGACAGAUAACUUCAUAUAACGUAUAUUUGACAUAUUUGACAGAUAACUUUAUAUAACCUAUAAUUAUGGUUGACAGAUUCAGUGACAGUUGACAGAUAUAAAUUUUUGUGAUUAGAGUUCUGUUAUUUUAAAUGAAGAAUUAUUAUUUUUUGUUUCGAAGUAUAUAUAGGGUGAUUUAUUUUUUCAAGAAAAUAGUUGUUUUAAAUUUGGAUAUAAUUUUUUUUAUACAUAUUAAAUGGAUCACACUGUAUAAAGAUAGAAAAAUUGUUUUAUUUUCUUGUAUAUAAACUAGUCGAGGUUAUUUAUUUUAUAUUUUAGCUCAUUUUUUUUAUAGGAAUGACACUUUAUGAAGUUGGUGAUGUACGAGGUGUAAUUAAAAAAUACUAUAAAUUAUUUAAUGAAUAGAUUUUUAUGUAUUCCAACGUUUCUGGAUUUUUAGGAAAAUUUAAAUGUGAUUAAAAUUGACAGAUUUUUAUUGACAAUAAGGGGGGGCAUUUUGAAAUUUUUUUUUAUUCGUACAUCAUUUCCAAUAUCCCCUCGUAGUUCACAAUGGAAUUUUUUAGGUUUUUCCGUAUAAAUAGACAAAUUUUGAAAUAUUUUGUUCUCAUUUUUCCUUUUGCCAUUUCUAUAGCACCGUUUUUGAAAAUGCUAAUUCAUUUUACUUUUUAAACGUACCUCGUAACUUUUUUAGCAUUUAAUUGAAGAAAAAAAAAAUAUUUUCGUACAAUAUGAUGAAUUUAAAAAAAAAUUUGGUUUACAAAUUACGAAUUUUAAUUCUAUAUUAUGUUUACCAGGGGCGGAUGAUAUUUAGGUUAUGCAGUUUCGAAAUCAAAUUAAUAGAAAUUAUCUUUUUUUGUGAUUUAUUUUGUUUCGAGGGCGGCACUACUUGUAUACAGCAUGGAAAUUUUUACAAUAAACUACUGCCGAAUUUUUUUUAUGGAAUUUUUUUCCCAUCCAACGUUUCGAUUAAAAAAAAAUGUAAAAAAUU